CUUUUGAGUUUGCAAACCCUCCGCUACAUAUUUAGAAUUGAAGCUGCUGCAAGAUGCGCUUCUAAAAUACAUUGCCGAUGAGGCUCAGCGUCAAAUGCGGGCCUUCUCUCCCGAAUCUUAUUUAUUACACACACGCCGACCAAGCCGCACCUAUCCAGAGCGAUGGAUGAGACAGCCCUCUCUGGGACUAGCCACAGCCUUGCUCCCUUGCAGCACCAAAAACCACGACCUCGGAGAGGCUCGCUGAGAAAGGUAGCUCUGCUGGGCAAAGACUCCCAGCGUCCGCGGCGCGAUAACAGCCCCCUCUCUGUCUCUGUGAACGCAUUGGCACACACCAACACAACUUCGGAAGGCGAUAUCAAUACCAGCGCGUGCCAUCAACACACCGAAAACAACGCCCUUGGGUUAAAUAUCCAGGGUCGAGCACCUAAAUCGAAGAUCGAAGAUCAAUUCACAUCCGCCUCCAGCGCUAUGGCAUCUUCAGAACGCAUACCAGAUGCAGCUGUCCAAGAUACAUCAACCACCGAUGACGAUGAUAUCCUCCAGAUUUCGCAGGCACCACCUCCGCGGCCAUCUGCUAUAACUUCCUCUGUAUCAGACUCAUACUACUCUGCUGGGACAUCCCAUCAGAGACGGUCGUUCCACCAAGCGAAAUCGCCGCUCUCAUAUGGGGGCAUCUCAACGACAGCAUUACCUCCUCCAGAUACGGACUGGGAUUAUGCUGAGACUGAGUGGUGGGGCUGGGUAGUUUUGUCGGUGACUUGGUUUGUUUUCGUUAUUGGUAUGGGAUCUUGCCUCGAUAUCUGGAGCUGGGCGUGGGACGUUGGAAAGACUCCGUACGCACCACCCGAGUUGGAAGACGACCCAACGCUACCUAUAGUGGGUUACUACCCGGCCCUGAUUAUUCUCACAUGCGUUAUGGCAUGGGUUUGGGUGGUUGUAGCUUGGGUAGGGAUGAAAUACUUCCGUCAUGCCAAAAUCAGUGGUGAUUAAAUGAUAGGUGGAUGAUGUAGCCUUUUUCUGCGUUUUAGUUAUGUAUAUAUGGAGUGGCUUCGGUGUAUCCUUUUUGGUACCUGGGUUUUAUUCGUAUUAGUGGACUCUUUGCAUUUGUUUUUCUCCCUGGCUGUACCUAAUGCAAUACUAUGGACAGGGUAGAUUAUAAUGGUUGUGUGCGUUAAAAGCUUUAGUCAGUUUAGCGGCAAGGGGAACCGCGGCAGACUAUAACCAAAGAAAUAAAGAAAGAAGUUACCAACCCAGACAGAAUAAAACACAAAUACACACACAAGAACGUAAAAGAUUCGCGUUACUGUUACUCGUGGACAAGAAUCAUUCUGGUAAUUGGGCGCUCUAGGUUAGGGUGCCAGUCUACCAUAACUACUGUCUCGUCAAAGAACGACAAAAAAGACGGCAUGUCAAUAAGGACGAUGCAUGAAUGUGUUGAUGGCCAAAUAUUCCAAAAAACUAUGAAGUCAAAUAUAAA